GCAGUCCGUGCUGCCUCCCGACUCAUCCUACCAGUUCCAGCUGCUACUCCAUCCUUUCCCAUCUCCACGAAAAGGCGACCCACGCCUCGCCUAGGGUUCACUCCCUUCACUUUUCCUCUCCCCUCCUCUCACACCCAUCGCUGCUCCAAGCGCCGGCGACCCUUGAUCUCCUCCCCAAGCCACCGGAGGCGCGCAGGGCGAGGGGGCGGAGGCGCGGGCGAGCAGCGACGGGGAGACCCUCCAUCGCCUCUGCCCGCCGCUGCGGUAAAAUCUGUCACCGUUGCGUCCCACAUGGAAUCUGUGGCUACUCUUAUGGAGUCGACAAGCUCUAAGAUACAGCAGCUUCAGCGGGCAUUUGCUGAGCUUGAGAGCCAGAGUGCUGUUUCCAUGAACCUGAAGUGGAAGCAGCUCGAGGACCAUUUUCAUGGGCUCGAGCAGUCGCUCAAGAAAAAGUUUGAAGAGCUGAAACAGCAGGAGAAGGAGUUCAAGGAGACAGUUGCGAAAUCCGAGCAGAUGCUGGUGCAGCGGGAGGCUGCUGUUAUGGCUAAGGAACUGACUUCGCUGGAAAGGUUACAGGAGAAAAGAGAUGCUGCUUUAGCAAUGAUAUUUGGCAAGUCCAAGCUUUCCUUACCUGUUCCUGCCAUCAACCCAAUGAACAAAGCAUUGAAUAAUCUUGGUGUGAAGUUGCCUAAACCUGCUCCUGAAGACAGUGUGCGCCUGCAAGUUGACAAUGCUGCUGUGAAGCCUCGUUCUGAACUUGUUGUGCUCUGUGAGGAAAUGAAUGUUAAGGGGCUUCAUAAGUUCAUAUCAGACAACCGGAAGAACUUGACAGCCAUCCGUGAGGAAAUUCCCAGUGCACUGAAAAGAGCAUCUCAUCCUUAUGGCUUAGUGUUGGAUUCCCUGGAAGAUUUUUAUACUGGAGAUAAUCUGGUAUUGGAUGGCAAAAAGGAUGGAGACCUUCUGGGUGUAAGAAGGACGUGCUUGAUGUUGAUGGAGUCUCUUGGACAGCUGCAAGCUGAUGUUGUAGCUGGUUUCUCCUCGGUGGGGCACAUGCUUACAAUUAAUAUCAAAAAACGAGCGAAAACGAUUGCGUUGGAGUGGAAGUCCAAAUUGGAUAGUCUUGACAUUGAUGCCAGUAAUGGAAACUGUCUUGAAGCUCAUGCAUUUCUUCAACUCCUGGCUACCUUUGGUAUUUCUGCUGAAUAUAAUGAAGAUGACUUGUGCAAACUACUUCCAUAUGUCAGUCGUCGUCGUCAAACACCUGAGCUUUGUCGAUUGCUUGGGUUGUCACAGAAGAUGCCAGGUGUAAUUGGAUUUCUGGUGGACAGUGGAAGACCUAUUGAUGCGAUUAAUAUGGCUUAUGCAUUUGAGCUCACUGAACAGUUUGAACCAGUGCAAUUGCUGAAAUCAUAUCUGAGAGAUAUUAGGAAAGUGUCACAUGUCAAGAAUGCAAAAAUGUCUCCUGGAGCACAGAAUGAGAUGAAUGAACGUGAGUUGUCUGCAUUGAAAGCUGUCAUUAAGUGCAUCGAAGAGCACAAGCUGGAGGAGCAAUACCCUGUGGAUCCACUUCAGAAAAGGGUUUUGCAGCUAGAGAAAGCAAAGGCAGACAAGAGGCGGGCUGUUGAAGCGGCGAAGCCACAGUCCAAGAGGCCUCGUGCCAACGGAUCGGUCUUUGCACCCCGUGUUACCAGCUUUGCUGAUAGGAGCUUCUACUCAGCAACCCCAGAGAGGCAUCCCUCCUACCCUUACGAGAGGCAGUUUGUGUAUGGUGCUGAGGCCCAUCAUCCUCCAGUUAUGAGCUCAGUGCCGUACACGAUCCAACCUGCCCAUGUGCCUUAUUAUGGUAAUGGCUAUCCAGUUCAGUACCAGGUACCGUAUAUCCACUAAUGGAGAGAGCCUGGUGCAGGUGCUCUUUCCUAACUAUGUAGUUCUUAACCUGCUGCUACUCUGUUGUUGUAGUUGUAUCAGUUACUAGCUAGUUUGCCUAGCUGAAAAUAGUUGGACCGGACAACUCUGUGUGUGUGCUGCGAGUGGCUAUUGUGCAAAUCUGUUAAUUUUAUGUCCUCACGACAUAACAUAAUUUACUCAUAAUGUUUAGCUAUGAUGAAUCUUCCAAUGUA